AUGAUAAUUACAGGUAUUGGCAGCUUGAUCUUCAUGAAUAAAAGAAGAUCAGUAGUGGAAAUUUUCCCUCCAAGCGUGACAAAGCUUUGGGACGAAUGGGAAGUCCGGGUAUUGGUUUUAAUCAGCCUCUUCUUACAGAUUGUGCUCAUACUGUUAGGCAAUCGGAGGAAAUAUAUACCUACAAACCGGAUCAGAGUCAUCCUUUGGCUUGCUUACUUAGCUGCAGAUUGGAUUGCAGCAGUUUGUAUUGGCGUCCUCUCCAACAGCCAAGGAGAUUGUGAAGAUGACUCAUCGCAACAAACCAAUAUCAUACGGGCAUUUUGGACACCGUUUCUACUGCUUCACCUUGGCGGCCCGGACACCAUUACAGCCUACUCCAUGGAAGAUAAUGAAUUGUGGUUAAGACACUUGCUGGGGCUGGUCGUUCAGUUUGGAGGGUCAUUUUACAUCUUUCUUAGGGCCUGGAAGGGCAUGCCCCUUAAUAUUCUGGCCAUCCCAAUGUUUGUGGCCGGACUCAUCAAGUAUGGGGAGAGGACUUGGGCUCUAAGGUCUGCGAGCAGCAGUCAGUUUAGAGAGGCCAUGCUCCCUCGUCCUGACCCUGGGCCUAAUUAUGCCAAAAUCAUGGGCGAGUAUACUUUGCAAAGGUCCCAGGGAUUUAAUGUUUCAUUCAAACCAGUGCCUGAGCCUUCUACCAAAGUGAAUUGCUUGGAUAGAGAUGCACCAAUUCUCCAAGUUGGUUAUGCCUUGUUCAUGACUUUCAAGCGAUUAUUUGCAGAUCUCAUUCUCACCUUCCAAGAUCGCGAGGACAGCCAAUCCUUCUUCCACAAUACAACUUGGGAGAAAGCUUUUGCAGUGAUUGAAAUUGAGCUUGCAUUCAUGUAUGAUGUGCUAUAUACAAAGGCAAGUGUGACGUAUUGUAGAUGGGGUCACCUACUCCGCUCGGUGAGUUUAUCUUUCACAGUCUCAACAUUCGUAGCCUUCUUGCUCAUUAACAAGCAUGGGUACUCGACCAUUGAUCUGAUUAUAACAUUCUUGUUGCUGGUUGGAGCCAUUGUUCUCGAGAUGUAUGCCAUUAUUGUACUACUUUCCUCGGAUUGGACCAUUCUCUCGUUGAGUAAGCACAGAAUAACCCUCAAGGAUAGGGAUGAGAUGGAUCGAGCAAACAAGAGAUGGUCUAAUUCCAUGGCACAAUACAAUCUGAUGAGUUUCUGCCUCAAAGACAAGCCGAUCAGGUGGUAUCUUGAACUACUCCAGGGAUUCUCUUACGUUUAUGAAAUGUUGGAGAAGCAUCACUACAAGAGUUCUGUGACCGUUGCUGAUAAUUUAAAGGCAUUGAUCUUCCAGCACCUUUCAGAUAAAUCAAAGGGUAUUAAGAAGGAACGUUCAGAUACCAGUUCAAAUAAUUACAAGGAAUUAUGUGCUGGUAGGGGCGAUCUGUACUCAAGAAAGAGCAAUAUAAUUGUCACAGUGACCUUGGCUGGAGCGUUGAGGAAGACUUUGAUCAGAGCAUUCUUCUCUGGCACAUUGCCACUGAUCUCUUGUAUUAUACUGAUCAUCAAAACCAAAAUCCAAGCUCGGUUAAAAAUCCAGAUUGUAGAACCAUAA